AUGGAGGGUAGGACGCAUGCACAUCAGCAAGCGUGCGGAGCCCGGUCGACUCUGGAUAUUCCGAAUUCGCCUCCUCGGCAUUCUCUGUUUUUUGUGGAUCCGCGGCGUGAGGAGGAAGCAUGGAGGGGGGGGCUGCCGCAGGAAGACGCUGGCGAUCUCUGUGCAUCCUCUUCUUCGUCCGCGGCGGCCUCCUCUCAGGGAUCUACCGUGGAACCGGCGUCAGCUUGUGCGCCUUUCGUCACGUUGCGCUGCUCGGCCGAGGAACUGCCCGUGACCCUCGAAAAGGCGCCGACUUCCCGCACUACUGAGGCGCAGCCCCGCGCCGGGGAGGAAGCCAGAGUGGCGGCGUUCGCGUCCUCCGUAACGAUGUCGCCCAUGUCCAUCGCUUCGUCUGCAUGCACAUCCGCGUCAGGGGGCGAAAGCGACGGCGAGACGGGGGGGAGGUGCGGACUGCGCGGCCGCGAGAAGCAGGCCGCGAGGGGUUCUGAGUCAGAGGGAGCUGCGGCGGUGCGGCUCGGCUGCGAAGGGAAGUCGGAGGCAGACGCACUGGCUCCCUCCGGAUCAGAAGUCUACGAGCACCCUUUCCUGCCCUCGCCUAGAUUCACGCCCUCCGUCCACGCUUGGGCGUCGCCCCUCGUGCCACCUUCGUCUGUGCCUUCUUCUUCGGCGGACUCUUGGUUCUUUCCGCCUCUGCCUUCUCUCGUCGACGACGACGCGGCGCAUGAGGGGGCUGGUGGAGGGGACGGGGCUGGGUCGCCCGCCCCCGGGCUCCGUGCUCCACGGCGCCGUGCAGCAGUGCCCUUCGCGUUCGAGACUUCGCCUCUGCACACGGCCGCCCGCUUGGCUUCUUCGUCGUCCUGGCUAGCUGGGGAGUCGAGCGGGUCGCUGCCGCCCGUCGUGGAGACGUCCCUCGAGGGGCUGCACACCGCGCUGCGCCAGUCUCCUUCGUCUGCGUCCUCGAUCGCGGAACCCGAGCCUGUGGCUCACGCGCCUGCGGAGGCGAGUUCGAGCAGGUCGGCGGCUCGAGGGAGGGACUCCGCCGGGCGCAGGCGCACGGGUGGAGCCGCCAGUCGCCCGCGGCGGCUGUUUGGCGCGCAACUGUGGGGUGAGAGGCGCGGGCUGCCGCUGGUCGCGCCGGGGCGGCAGCAGCGGCGGCGGGAGGGGCUCGCCCGCGGCGGGGGGCAGAGUGCUCAGAGCAACCUGCAGCGGGGACAGCGACGCAGGCGGCCCGGGUCGCUGAGGAGCUCUCUGUCAGGGUCGCGGGCGGUGCAUGCGUCGUCCGCGGACUCGACGGACGACCUGGAGCGAGGACGGAUUCUGCGCAGCCGCAUCGGCAGCGACGAGGCGUUUCUGUGGCGGAGUCGUCGCUCGACGCAGUCGUUAUCCUAUGCGUCGGCUCCGCUGUCGGUGAGGGAACCGGUUUUGUCGCUGGAAGAAGGUUCGGCAUCUCCGGAGAGCGGCAGAUCGGGCGCGACGUGUCUGGGCUGUCAGGCCAGUCAGUGCAAGCCGAAUCGGCUCUGCCCUCUCUACGUCCUUCUCUGUCUGUCCCUCGUCUGCUUUCCCCUAGUCCUCUUUGCCCGAGUCGUCGUGCCCGAGACCGCCGUGCCGGACUACGCCGCGGCCAUCAUCCCCUUCUUUUGUCUGCACUUCGAUUUGGCGCUGAGCAACCCCGGGCUCAGCCAGCUGAGGCUGCCCUUCAUGACGCUGCACCUCGCGCCUCUCAUCGUUAUGGUCGGAAUCGCCGUCCACAUGUCCUGGAUCUGUCACCUCGCGUGUCUUCCGUUCUACGCCGUCCUGCUCUUCCGCUGGCCGCGCACGUUCUGCGUGUCGUUCAUCGUCGGCCAGCUGCACCUUGAACUCGUUCUCGCCAGCGCGAACAUCUGCCGGAUUCCAUAUACCGGGAGUCAGGGUUGGGUGGCCUGCGUUCUGGUGGCCUUCGGCGUCUUCGUUUUGCCGUGGGUAUUCUUCCUCACGACGAACUCGCAAAUGCCGGCGUGCAGUCCGUCGUCUCGCCGGCGGGAGUCGCGCUGCUUCCGCCACGGCGCCUCGCUUCUCCUCCUCGUCACGUGCGUGUUGUGGUGCUUGAUGAACACGCUCCUGGUGUCUAACCUCUUCUCCUUUUUCUUCACGCUGACUCGCGCGGCAGCCGCUGCACGGAGGGCCCUCGAGGCCUCUUCUGCGCCCGUCUCAGCGGGGGCCACAGACCCUGCGGCGGACGCGUCGAAGGCGGCGCCUUCGGCCCCCAAAGAGAACUUCGAAGACGAGUUGCCUCUCUUCCCGCCCUUCAACUCCUUGCCGCUGUUUUCAGGUCUUUCCAGGAGUGACCUGUUCCUAAGCCUGGCAUGUCUGAUCGCGUCAGCCAUGGGCGUGUGCGUCCUUCUGUUUUUGAGGUUUUUCAAGGAAAGCCUCCUGCCGCGAGCGGGCUUGGGGGCAAGGUCGACCUCCCCCUCCGCCUCGGCGCUCGGCGCGAACCGCCGCAGGGGGAGAGGCGUGGGAGAGAGCGAAGAGGACAGCGAGGAAGAAGACGGCGGGCGACUUGGGCGCAUGGAGUCAGGCACUUUGGUCCCCAGGCAACGGGGCUCGAGAGCGGCGAACAGAGUCAGAAGUGACGUGCGACCCAACUACCGGAGACACAACUCCACGAGGAGUCUCGACAGCCGAAGAAGCGACAGGCAAACGCGGGUCGCCCUCGUCCACGGCACCCACAUGCAGUUUGCCAUCGUCGACGCGGGGCCGUGGCGACCCAGCACGCGGAGAACGACCAGAGGCAGCGAAGAAAUCACGCAGAGGCAGAGGGCAGAGCGCGCCGAGGCAAUUCAAAGAAAACUUAUCACGCGGCAAUACACCUCGCCAGUCAUGCAAACGUCCACUGGUGUCGCAACGUCUCCUCGGCCGUCCUCGGUUGCCAGCGGGUCAGCAGCGUGCGUUGAAGGUCCAGCGCCAGGCGGUGCGGAUGUCGCUUCCCCAGGCGCACCUGCGGCUCCGCGCUCGUCAUUCGCUUCGGUCUUGUGCACCAUUUGCCAGGAUACACUUGACGAGGGGGCGUGGGUGAGCGAGGUUCCGGUCUGCGGGCACAUGUUCCACGCCGCGUGUCUGCGCUCGUGGCUCGUUCACGGUGUCACCUGCCCGAACUGCAACACCGACUUGGAUACUGCGCUUCUGGCGAAGGCGUGA